GAGGUAGGUAAGGCCAUCGGCUACCAGUAGCUCGACAUCUUACCUAGGUAAACCGAGCUUUCGAGUGUCUCGUUACCCGGCCGUGACGUCACUAGAUCGUUGCUAUGUCCCGAAUAGUGACAUCCACAGGACCGAGCUUCCCUCCUUCCCUCCCCCACCAGCUGGUUGCAGUUCCCUCAGCAAACCAAACUCGGGCGGCCCCGCAAAAUGCCAUUAUUAUUAUUUUUGCUUGUGACCACUGGCCAGAAGCCCGCUUUCCUCUCGUCAUCGCAUUCCGGAAGGUGAAGGAAGCAACGUGCAGCAGCAGAAGGGGGGACGGCAACCAGAGGGCAACCAGCUGCGGCCGGCUUCACGCAGCUGGCCAGUCAUCAUAUCAUCAAAGAAAUCCAUCUCAGCUGGGGCCCCAACCUUAUCGUCGUCAUUCAUCCCCGCACCUGUCCGUUCUGGCCUAUAGUGAGUAUUCUUCGCCCCUCGCCCCCCCAGUCAACUCAUCACGUGAUUUACAUCUCGUUCUAGGCCCCCCUCUCGUCUGGUCUGGGACCUGCAGCACUUCGUGCCCUGUGUGCAUCGCCAGCCGCCGCCGCCUUCCUCACCAUCUCGCGCCGCCGUGCCUCCUUGCGGCAGCGUGCAGCAAGAACAGGUAAGGUCGGCUUGGACGCAGCCUAGUGGUGCCAGUCUAGCCCCAAUCGUGUGUCGCCAACAAGAGGGCCAAAAAAAAAAAAGGGUGCCUUCUGCUCCUUGUCUAAUGCUGGCGGCUACAGACACGCAGUUAAGACAGACCCUACUCCCCAUGCGCUUUCGCUCGCGUCGCGGGCUAUAAUUACCUAUAACUACUCUGCCGGUACCUUGGGGAUUGGCUUGUUGCUCUUUGUCGACGACGACGACGACAACGGCGGCGGCGGCAACCUGUCUGCUUUUCUU